UCAACACAGAAGAGCGGCAGUUAUGGUUUGUUGUUAGGUGUUGUCAGUACGAUGACAACUUUGUAAUGAGCUGCAGUGGCGUUAAAGCCUUAAGUUGAGUCUAUAAAACCCUAAAAGCUACUUUAUUUACUUUAUUUCAACCAGCUAUAGUUCAAGCACUGGGUGUUAGACAAUGCGCUGAUUUGCUGAAAAUUAUGUAUGCUUGAAUGAUCUAUUAAAGAUGCAAACGACAAGACCAAAAGCUGGGAAACAGUUGUCUGGUGUUGUAGAAAAGAACCGGCCACGCAAAACACCCAUACGGAGAAACACUUACCGGGUCGGAUACACUUGGAACCGAGGUGGUAGACUUAAAGAGCUGAGGAUAAGGCAUCUUGCUCGGAAGUUCCUUCACUUGUGGAUUCAGAAGACCUUUGGACGAAUAACAACAUCACAAGCCAGAUCUCAUUAUUGCAAAGUGAUCUUGAGGAAAACCUUAGUGGCUUGGAAAGAUGAGUGGUGGCAUGCAAGAAAGGAAUGGACCCUAAAUAUAAGGGCAGAUUGCCAUUAUACGUAUAUGCUGUAUUGCAAAACAUUUCAAGCCUGGCAGGAGUUUGAUGCUGUCCAGAGAGAAGAAAAGAAAAAACUGCAACUUGCAAUCAGAUUUGAAACAAAGCACAAACUACGUUGUGUGUGGAGUGGUUGGGAAUUGUACCUGGACAUGUGUCGCAUGAAACGCAGAAUGCAGGAGGCAGCAGUGCAGCACGAGAGACUCGCUGUACUAAAGUGGGUUUGGACUGUGUGGAAUAUGACACUACAGCACAGGGAUGUGGAAUACCAUCAAGAAGAUCUUGCUUUGCGACACUGGGCUCACACUGUUCAGAGCAGAGCAUGGCUGCACUGGAGAGACAGGAAGAAACAAGCCUGUGUUCUGAAAGAGAAGGAGUCCAAAGCUCAUCGUCACUAUUGUCUUCAACUGUUAAGACAUGCACUACAUGGAUGGAUCAGACACACAGAGAACCGACAGGCUAAGAUCAAGAAAACAGCUGUUGCUCAGGAUGUAUGGCACGUCGCUGUGCUGGAGAAGUUUUGGUGUCAGUGGAACAAUGUGCUGCAAUCCAGGCAUGCGGAGAAAGACAGAGGACAGAGAGCAGACAAACGGGCCCAGCACGGCUCCCAGCAGCUGGCGUUCUCACACUGGAGACACUAUGUCAGUUUGUGCUCACAGAAGGCUAAGAGGGAAAAGGCUGCAAUGCAUCACAGACAACUCCAUCUUCUGCAUUUGGGUUUAAAAGGCCUUGCUCUAAACGUCACUCAAAGUAAAACUCAUCGUCUCAACAAGAAUAUUAGUGUCCAGCAUCAUCAUCACAUUUUGCUGGCAAGGUGUUGGAAAGUCUGGCAGUUGCGCUUGGAUCAGGCUGAGGACAGAAGCCUGCAGCCCCGAAUGAGUGUUGCAAGCCCAUCGCACAGAAUUUCUGUGCUGAGAUCUUGCCUUCAUCGCUGGAGAAAACGUCUCACAGAACACAGACAAAUGCAGGAGUUGGAACUACGUGCUGAUGCCUGCUUUGCUCGACGUAUCUUUCCACAAUGUGUGAACACUUGGAUGGAGUUUGCAGCACAACGCACAGAGAAACGAGAGCAGAAAGAGAGAGCUGAACAACAUUACAGGCAACAGACUUGUAGUUGGGCAUUUUACACCUGGUGGAGAAACCUGGAGGUACAGAGAGAUCAGAGACUUGCUGAAAGAACGGCUUUGUUGCAUUCCGAACAUGUGUCUUGUGCCCGUGCCUGGUCUAAGUGGUACUCCAGUGCUGUACAGUGUAGAGACGAGAGAUUCAAACAAGCAGCAGCCGACUCGCUUUACAAACAGUCUCUGCUACGCAAGGCCCUGAACCAGUGGAGAAACCUUGUUGCAAACAUACAGACCAGUCAGAGACAUUUCGAGCAGGCAGAGGAUCAUUACGGACAGUGCUGUCUGAGAAGAGCCAUGGCAGACUGGCAUCAGUAUAUAGAUCACAAAAGACAGAAAAGAGAGAAACUUGCACGAAUGGAGAAACAUUACAACAGCAGAUUGCUCAGACUUGCUCUAGAGGCUUGGAAGUCAUACCAUUUGCAGACUCAAUCGAUAAACCAAAAUGUGGAGUGCCGUUACCAGGAGCAUCAGCAGCACCUUGUCAGAAGAAUGCUCAGUUCAUGGAGGAUAAACGUGUCACAGUUGAUGGAAGAGAGAGAGAAGGAAAACAGAGCAAAAUGUUUUUCUCAAAAGCACCUUGUAUCUGAGGUGUUUCUGGCAUGGCGACAGAUAACAGUAUCUGCUCAUCUUCACCGUCACCAGCAGGAGGAAGCUCUGAAACAAGCACAAACACACCUGGAUAAAUUUCGCAUGCAGGUGGCUUUGAGAAGAUGGAGAGAGCGAAGCACAGAGGUAAAAGACGAGAGGCUGGAGAAUGAGAGGGCCAGCAGAUACUACAACAGAACCCUGGGAAGAAGAACCCUCAACACAUGGACCGCUAAUAUUCAGCAUCACAAAACUUAUCAGGUAAUGAAGAAAAGAAGCCUUGAGCUUCACAAGUUGAGGAUUUGUCAGCGCUUUUUUAUCUGCUGGAAAACUCAGCUGGAGAGCAGAAGAAUAGAAGCGGAGAAAACUGAGACUGCCCUUUGGCAUUGGUCCCUCAACCUACAGGCCAAGGUGUUUUGCGUGUGGCGGCUCUGGAUUGCAGAGCGUCAGAGAAAACAGAAGCGUUUGACUGAGGCAGCUCAGUUUUACAGAGAUGAACUGUUGAGAGAGGGUGUCACACACAUCCUCACGCACACAGCACACAUGAAUGCAUUCUCAACUAACAUCGCCCAGCACAGCUAUGAACAGAGCUGUCGACAGCUGCAGGAAGUGGUGAGGCGGUGUGCAAUACGAUGGAAGCAGCGGGCACUGUGCAAGCCUGUCAAGGGUAAAACAGAUGGUCACCCCAAGAAGAGUGUGUCUUUUUUUCUGCCAGAAGACCACACCCCCAUCCCCACCCCUUGUCCAAUCAGGAGCCAACCAGCAGAGCAGAGGCAGAAAGAUUCCAUCAUCAGUCAGCUGUGGUCAGUUCGAGCAUCUAGAUUGCAACCGAGAAGACCAGAUGACCUUCUGCAGUCUCCAUUCAAACCUCUGCCACGUGACUUCAAGAUCAGCAGUAGUCAGAGGCUGACUAUAAGAGAGACUUCUCCAUUACCCUCAGUCCAUUUGACCCACAACCCACUAGAGUCACCUGCAACGGUGCUACAACCAAAGGUCCUCCCCUUCAAACCUGGCCUUACUGGAUAUAUCCCCACUACUGACCAGGACAUACUGCUUCCUCCAUCUUCAUUUACUGUCUCUUUAGCACAUGGCAAGCAAAAAAGCUUACACGAUCAGGAGCUCCCACUGUAUUCUAUGCAUUUUACUUCCCACCCUCUCCAAACACAAGGUGUACAUGGGAGAUUACCUGAGCAGGAUGAGGAGAAUGAGGAAGAUGAGACUGUAGAUGUGGAGCAAACACAAAAUCUCACAAAAGAACUACUAGACAUUAGACUGGAAAUGCAACAAUACCAGCAAGACAGAAAACAGCUCCAGACAUGGCGUAAGCUCCAAAAAGUCUUGAGUAACUGGCUCGAAACAACAGGCAUUGAGAGAGAAACUGAGGAACGAGAAAGCAUUUUAAAGGAGUUAAGUGAGCUUGAGAGUCGCAUUUCUUCUCGAUUGAAAUUAAACAAACAGAAACCCACCAUGAUUCGCCAUGCUGCCAGAGUUAACACCAUCCAGAGCCAACUACUACUGUCCAACGUUAAUACAAAAACACCCACUAAGUAUGGAAUAUAAGUAUAAGAAAGUCUAUAUUGUGCAGCCCAUUAUAUGAUGCCAACUUUAUUUCAGAAACAAUUUCAGAUGAUAUUGUAUUGUUGGAACCCUUGGGGAAAAAGCUAAAUUGUUUUUAUUUCAGUUAUUUAUGUAUUCAAAGACACUGUUGUAAAUAUGUAUUUCAUUUCUAAUAAA